AUGUCUUUUAUAGAUGGGUCAAUCUUUCAAAUUUCAUUUAUUUCUAGACCAAUCAGAAUAUCCUGUGGUCAGUUCGCAAGAAUGGCAAGUGGUAGUGCUGUAGCAGAGAUUGGUGACACUGCAGUGAUGGCCACUGCAGUAAGCAAGUCUUCUCCACCCACUGCAGGUCAGGGAUUUAUGCCAUUAUCUGUUGACUAUAGACAAAAAGCUGCUGCUGCUGGAAGAAUACCCACAAACUACUUACGCAGGGAGCUAGGGCCAACAGAAAAAGAAACCUUAGCAAGCAGAAUGAUAGAUAGGUCCUUGAGACCCCUUUUCCCCAGUUCUUUUAAAACUGAAACUCAGAUUAUGUGCAAUUUAAUGUCUGUGGAUGGUCAACAUGACCCAGAGAUUGCUAGUCUAAAUGCUGCGUCUGCAGCAUUGUUGUUGUCUGACAUUCCGUGGAAUGGUCCUAUGGGUGCUGUACGUAUUGGAUAUACAAACAAAGGCUUUGUUGUAAACCCAACUAGAAAACAACUGAUGAGCAGCAGAUUGAAUCUGAUUGUAGCAGCUGUUGAAAAUAAAGUUGUGAUGCUAGAUGGCUCAGCAGAAGUUCUUCCAUAUGGACUUUUCAAAAAUGCUGUACACCUAGGAGUGGAAAAGGUCAGACCAAUCCUAGCGGAGCUUAGGACAUUGCAGAAAAAUUUUGGAAAAAAGAAAAAGCCAAUUGUUAUUCCAUCUGAAGAUAUCAUCCCUCAGGAGAUGCGUGAUACCCUAAAAGUUAUAGCAGAACAAAAAUUACAUGGAAUUUUUACUGACAGCAGUCACAAUAAGUUUUCAAGAGAUAAGGCGGUCAAUGAUGUCAGAUAUCAAACUGUCAGAGCUAUGGGGCUGGCUGAGAAGAAUUUCAUGCUGCAUUAUGAGUUUCCUCCAUAUGCAACCAAUGAAACUGGCAAACAAGGUGUAGCUAACAGAAGAGAGCUUGGUCAUGGUGCCCUGGCAGAAAAAGCAUUGAGAACUGUACUACCAGAAGACUAUCCCUUCACAAUAAGACUUACUUCAGAAGUCCUUGAAUCAAAUGGAUCUUCAUCUAUGGCCACUGUCUGUGGGGGGAGUCUCGCUUUAAUGGAUGCAGGAGUACCUAUAUCUGAACCUGCUGCAGGGGUAGCUAUCGGUGUAUUUACAAACUAUAAAGGUGAUGAUGCAUCCAGUGAUCUUAAUGAAGAUAGCAAGGAACAAACAGGACAGGAUGAGAAGCACUGUUUACUUACAGACUUAGUAGGCAUAGAAGAUUAUAUGGGUGAUAUGGACUUUAAGAUGGCAGGCACAAAGUUUGGUGUCACAGCUAUACAGGCAGAUGUCAAAACACCUGGUCUUCCUACAGAUGUGAUGAUAGAAGCAACGGAUGAAGCACAGGUUGCCAUUAAAAAACUUUUGGACAUCAUGGCUGAGACCCUCCCAACAUACAGAUCACAGAAGAAGGAAAAUGCUCCUGUUACUGAAAAAUUGGAGUUACCCUUGUCCAAAAGAGCAAAAUUUGUAGGUCCUGGGGGAUACAAUAUUAAAAAAUUAAGGUCUGAAACAGGUAUAACAGUUUCAAGUGUUGAUGAGACAACUUUUCAAUUAUUUGCCCCUAAUAAAGAUGCCAUGGAAGAGGCCAAAGAAAUGAUAGACAAACAGCUGAAAAGUUCUAAAGAACCAGAUCUAGAGUUUUCUGCUGUUUAUACUGCCAAAAUCGUGGAAGUAAGGAAUAAUGGUGUGUUGGUGCAAAUACACCCAAUGCUGGAACCAGCCUUACUACACAACUCUCAGCUUACAAAACGGAAGGAAAAGAAGAAAAAGAAGCCACAUCUUAAUACAGACCAUUCAGGUUCAGAUGAGAUUAGUGCAAGUCAAAAGAAAACCAAAAAGAGACCAUUAGGGCAAGUUGACAGCCUUUCUAAGAAGAAACACACAGUUGGGAGUCUAGGAUCAUUGCAGGGAAAGAGUACAAGUCACGUGCAAAAUAGUGCUAUGGUAGCAAAAGUGAAGAAAAUUCACAAACCCACUGCGAAAAUGACGACAAAUGGGGGAGAAUCUGUGCCAAAGUUUAAAUUGAAUAAGAAACACAAAAAUUUGGAAAAGUCUCAAAAUGAUAUCAAUAAAAAUAAGAAAAAAAGAAAUAAAUACAAAGACUUUGACAAGAAUAAGAAAGAGGCUGUGAAUGAUGAAAGUUCAGGUGGAAAGGACACCACAGUAACACAAACUCAGAAGAAAGCUGAAGCAUCCAACACAACUCGGCCCUCUCUUCCCAAGAAAAAGAAGAAGAGAAAAAGAAAAGCUAAGAAAAACAAAUAUAAAGAUUUGUGGGAAGCACAGCAGAGGGAAAAGAGUGCUUCGACAGGCAAUGCAGAUAAAGGAGAUUUUGUGAUUAAUUCACAGGCUAAUGAAAAACACACAAAAUCUGAAACUGUGCCAAAAGGUGCUUGCACUGAAACAAACUUGAGCAAAAGUAGUUUGAAGAGGAAGAGAGAAUGUCCUGGGGAUGAAAUGAAGGACAACAAUAUGUCCAAAAGGGACAAUGCCACUCCUGUUGACAGUGUGACAAAUCACAAGAGGAGAAAACUCGACACAUCUGUCGGUGAUGGCAAUGGCUUUUCAGAUGGGACCAAAAUGGCACAAAGUACAAACAAUAUAGUAUCGGACAAAAAGCAGAAAUCUCCUGGAGAAAGAAAUUCCUCAGCAAAAAUUGAAAAAUUGGGUAAUGUAUCUGUGAAGAGUGUUUCAAAAAGGACUAAAGGAAAAUCUUCUAAAGUGGAUAAAUUGGAAAGAAAAACUGGUAAAGAACAUAAGGUUUUGAAGGGAAAGGUGACAAAGGAUGUCAUCAACCAACCUUUAGCUGAGAAAGAUGGCUCGAAUAAUCUUCAGUUGGCUCCAAAGUCUAAGACUGGCUUGGAUAAAAAUAAAGUGAAGGCUCUGCUUCAGGCUGAUGAAAGCAAUACAGGAGAAAAGAAGACUAAAAUGGUCACAAAGAAAGAAGAGAAAUUUGCAGCCAAGGAGAUUCUCUCGCCUCAGUCCAAGUCACAAAACAAGUCACAGGUGCUUCGGGAAAAGAUGAUGGAGCGUCUUCAUGCAGCAAGGUUCCGCUUUUUGAAUGAACAGCUUUACACUCUACCUAGCGAGGAGGCAGUGAAGCUGUUCCGCUCUGAUCCAGAAGCUUUUAAGGCCUAUCAUGACGGUUUCCAGAAUCAAGUGGCAAAAUGGCCUCAGAGCCCUGUUAAUACUAUCAUAGACUUCAUCAAGAAAAAAGCAAGCAAUGAGGUUAUAGCAGAUUUUGGCUGCGGAGAUGCCAAGAUAGCGCAGUCUGUAUCCAAUCAGGUGCAUUCCUUUGAUCUGGUUGCCGUGAACAAAUAUGUCACUGCCUGUGACAUGUCUAAGACCCCUCUCAAAGAUGGCAGUGUUGGUGUGGCGGUAUUCUGCCUGGCGCUGAUGGGGACUAACCUGGUGGACUUCCUGAGGGAGGCCAACAGGGUGUUAAAGAAGGGUGGCAAGCUGCUUAUUGCAGAGGUUGUGAGCAGAUUUGACAGAAUUGGAGCAUUUGUUAAAAGUGUUGAACAGAUGGGGUUUUCUACACUUCAUACACGUUAG